ACAAUUAGUCGUUGACCAAGUUCCGAGUGAUAAACAUGGACUUCAGUGAUGUAUAUAACUCUGUUGUCAGAGUGAAGAAGGAACCAGAAGAUGUUUCCCCAAUUAAAAAUGAAGAUUAUAAAAUAAUUGACAAUGCUUGCGAUGCUAAAAACGACGAAUUCUCGAGUUUUUGUCGAGAAAAUUUAAUUUAUGGGCUUCGUGAAAAUGAUGAAAAUUCUGGACCUAAUAACGAUUUGGAAAUAGAAUUCGAAUGUAAGGACGAGAAGCUCGACAUUAACUUAUUAGUAGUCAAGAAAAUCGAGGACGAUUAUCCAGAUCAAUGGCAGCAUAUGAAAAAUGGUUGCGAUUAUCAGACUCAAAAGAAAAUUAAAGAAGAAAUUGUCGACAAAGUAAAAGAGGAAUUGAAUUUGGAUGGGGUACUCAGUGAUGCAUUUGAUGCAAAUGAAAAAACAUUUGCUCAAAAUAGUCGACGCAAAACCCAAACUGAUAAGGCACGCAAUCGUACCAAAUAUCCAUGUAAUAUAUGCGGUAAAAAAUUUUCACGAAAAGGUUAUCUCAAGGUCCACAUCGAUUCAGUACAUAAUGGUGUUAAACAUGAGUGUGGUAUAUGUGGAAAGACAUUCACACAAAAAGGAAAGCUCAAAAUUCACACCUAUGUAAUGCAUAAAGGUAUGGCACCUACUUGCGAAGUAUGCGGGAAGAAAUUCUUAACUGAAGCUGCACUCAAGAUUCACAUCGAUGCACACAAUGGUGUUAAACAUCCAUGUAAUAUAUACGGUCAAAAAUUUUUACGAAAAGGUUAUCUCAAGGUCCACAUCGAUGGAGUUCAUAAUGGUAUUAAACAUGAGUGUAGUAUAUGUGGAAAGACAUACGCACAAAAAGGUCAUCUCAAAAUUCACAUCGAUGCGAUGCAUAAAGGUAUGGCACGUACUUGCGAAAUAUGCGGAAAGAAAUUCUCAAUCAAGGCUAAUCUCAAGAUCCACACCGAUGGAGUACAUAAUGGUGUUAAACAUGCGUGUGGUAUAUGUGAAAAGACAUUCACACAAAAAGGAGAUCUCAAGAGGCAUAUCGAGGGACAUAAUGGUGUUAAACAUGCGUGUAGUAUAUGUGGAAAGACAUUCACACGAAAGGGUAGUCUUAAAAAACACAUGAAUUUGAUGCAUAAUAAGACCUGCACUUAUUGUAAUAAGUGCGGCAAGACAUUUUCUCAAAAGGAUCGUCUUAUAACUCACAUUAAAACGCAGCACGAAGACAUUGAUCACGCUUGUGUUUUAUGCGGAAAAAAAUUUAAACAUAGAAAAUAUUUAUGCAGACACGUCAAAAGUAUGCAUGAAGGCAAUACCCAAGCACGAGAACAAUACAAAAGAUCUUAAAACGUACCUAUCAAUACCGCGCAAAAUGAUGAAACAUCGAGACAAAUAAAUAAAUUAACAUAUCAUAAA